GUGUUAUUCCCUGCUCAUUACUAUUCAUGUAUGAGUAAGUAGUAUAACAACUAUUGACUAGGUACGCAAUUAUUAUUUCUAAAACUGAACACGAAGAGUAUAUCACAAUCUGUCGCAAACAAUUGUUUAUAAUCAGAGUUAUACAAGGGAACGGUCGUCUGAGAACAUAUAGCGAAUCGUUAGGAUGCAUCUCUGCACGGAACAAUUUGGAGCGUUGUCUGCGAAGCAAACCAUGCACUACCUCUCUAAAUAUUCUACCACUGAGCCAUUUCUCAUCCUGCUUUUAACACGACGUUUUCAUGAAAAUACCACAGCUCAUCAAUUGAUACAUGAUGGCCAUAGUCCAAAUGCCGGUGUUCAUCUCAAUCUCAUGAUACCUAGGUACAGAACAGCCGUUCAAGCGGUCAGACCCACGGACAGCCGCUCAUUCCUCAGUCUUCGGCGGUAUAGCCCACAACAAAGUCUUACCAAAGGGUGUCAAUUUCGAAAACAUGGCUAUACGAAGCGCAGAGGUGUGCCAGCAAUAUCGGCAUUAUACGCGCAUCGUCUGGAGCGAUGCGGUGCCCGGAUAGCACGGAAUCAACAUAUUCUAGCACUUCCAAAUUUCUGAAACCCUCCCAAGGUCCACUCGAGCACUCGAUUCUAUUAAAUUGCCAGACUCGAGC